GAGUUGUAGUUCCAACUUACGGAGUAUUUGCUAUUCAGUUUGCGACUGCUGGGAUACAAGCGCCGACCUACUUUGAGGUUUCUCCUUCUCGCCUCUCUUACCGGAACCCGGAAGCGAAUGAGGCAAACGUGCAAGAAGAUACCAGGAAUGUCUUUGUGGUAAAGUGGCGGUGGGGUUCUGUUAUUAGGAAGAAGAUGGAGGCGCCCGGUGCCUACAGGUGCAUCGAGUGCAAUGAGAAGGCUACCGAACUGUAUAGAGACUAUCAACGGGGCGUAUUGCGUAUCUCCAUCUGUAAAUCCUGCCAGAAACCGGUGGACAAAUAUAUUGAAUAUGAUCCUGUUAUAAUCUUAAUUAAUGCUAUUUUAUGCAAAGUACAGGCCUACAGGCAUAUUCUGUUCAAUACAAAGAUAAAUAUCCACGGGAAGCUCUGCAUAUUUUGUUUGCUUUGUGAAGCUUAUCUCAGGUGGUUGCAACUACAGGAUUCAAGCCAAAGCCCUGACCCUGAUGAUUUAAUUAGAUAUGCCAAAGAAUGGGAUUUUUAUAGAAUGUUUGGAAUAGCAUCCCUGGAACAAACUGCCUUUUUGAUUGGCAUCUUCACUGCUCUGUGGCUAGCAAGACCAAUAGUCCUAAAAACCAAAGCAGAUUUCAUCCUACUUCUGAAAGCAUUGCUGCUGUCUAGCUACGGAAAACUCCUGCUGAUUCCAGCUGUUAUUUGGGAGCAUGACUAUACUCAUUUGUGCCUCAAGCUCAUUAAAGUAUUUGUCUUGACAUCAAAUUCUCAAGCAAUUAGAGUUACCUUGAAUACAAGUCGAAAGCUUUGUCUGAUGGCCAUUGUGACUGGACUGAUUUUCGAAAAUGGUAUCAUCUAUCUGUUCCAGAGGAUGGGAUGGAACAUUUGAGGCAGUUGUCUGCCUUUUCAAUGAUGGAUAUUUCUUAAAAGAAAGGGACACCUUUGAAGUCAAUCUCAGUUCUUUUGUUGCCACCGUGUUAUUGUCCAUUAGUUAUAAAUGCAAUAGUAAUGAAACUUUGAGUGUAUCAGCUUUUCCAGGCUGAACUGAUGACAAGCUGAAACCAAGCCAAGAACUUCAGUUGCCAUGCAAUGAUAGUUUAUUUUAUAGCAUCCUUUGGUACUUUUGGUCUUGCCAAAAAUAUAUUUGGCUGCUGUUACUGUUGGAUUUAUAAGUAUCAAGGAGAGCAGUAUUAAGGAAAUGGACCACAUCAUUUUGUGUUUGGGCACUUGAGGAAAAAAAAGCCCUAGAUAGGUUGUUUCCUUGUGAGAAAAAGGAAUUUACUCAUGGAGAAGAAGAAACCAUACUGUGCUUAAAUACAUUGAGUUUAUGAAAUGGAGAGUGACAAAUUGUAUUUCUGUAACAAUUAAAAAACAGUGUGGUUUUAA